AGCGACAGAGCGCAGUAGAACAACUUCUAAAGCGAGAAGGCGAGUUCACCGUGAAGGCGGAUGUUUCAACGUGAUAUUCAAAUGUUGACACCUACAGCGCAAACAGGUAUCGCACUAAAGACGCUAACAUUUAAACCUGGACCUACUUUACUUUCCAGUUUCCACCCUCUACAAGGCCAUACAGUUUGUUUUUUUUUCUCGGUGAGGGAGCGGCAGACUAAGGGCGGACACCGGAGAUUUCCUUCCAGACAACUCGGCUCGCUCAGGUUUACCGUACCUGGAGCUGAUUUCGUUCAAACGUGCCCCUUAACUCAGUUUUUCUGGCACCGUAGACUCGAGAAAAGGACGAGGACGAGCGCGAGGGGGACGUGAUCGUUAUGGAGGUCCAGGUAUGCAGAGCACCCAUGUUGACCCGGAGGAGCUGUUCACCAAGCUGGAUCGCAUCGGGAAGGGCUCGUUCGGCGAGGUCUUCAAAGGCAUCGAUAAUCGCACCCAGAGUGUGGUGGCCAUCAAGACCAUCGACCUGGAGCAGGCGGAGGACGAGAUGGAGGACAUUCAGCAGGAGAUGACGGUGCUCAGCCAGUGUGACAGCCCUCAUGUCACCAAGUACUACGGCUCCUACCUGAAG